CGUUCGUCCCGGCAGUAGCCGCUAUUGUCGUCGCGGCCGAGAUAAAAAAAAAAACGCGCGUUGUGCCUUUCGUGCGAAACUUUUGUGUUCAUAAUUAUACGUUCAUUCAUUAAAUAUAUUUAUUUCUAAAUUAAAAUAUAGUUUAAAAAUUAUUUAAUAAUAACAGCUUGAGUUUUAUCAAAUCAUUUACUAUCAGCAUUUUACUAUCAAUUGUUCUUUUUAACAAUUAUUCUUUCUAUUCAAUAAAACUAGUUCAAAUUUGUAUAGUUGGUUCGAUUAACGUUGCAUGUGAUUUGGAUGAUCUCUAAUAAGAGUGUUGGUCGGUGUAGAAACCUGAUUACUACCAGUUGUGUAUUAAAUAGUUAUUGUUGUCAGGGGUCCAAAUUUAUUAAUUGGGCUAUGCCCCAAAGAGGACCACAUAAUAACCAAUAUGGCUAAAGACUCAGAUUCAGAGUGUGACAGUGAUAACGAAGAAGACGAAGAAUUUGAAAUUGUUACCAAAAUAAUACAAUUAAGAUCGGGGUUGUGCUUAAUAACAUACCUUGAACUGUUAUCAUUUUAGUUUUCACUAUGGAUCUCAGUGGUUAUGUACUCAUUCUCAGAGAAACAGAAGACAACAAAGCUAAACUUUUUGGCUCGAAAGUUGAUCGUACGGAUUUUGAAACUGGCGAUGAGAUAUUUGCUAUUAACGGACAGCAAAUAGCUGAAAUGAAUAGAGAUGACUUGCUGUCAUAUUUAUACCAGUGUAUUGUCACGCGAACUAUAUGUAUGAACUUAAAACCUCGAGUGAAAAAAGUUGUGUCCACUAGCAUCGAUUCAACUGGAUCUGAUCUAGGUCAAGUUCAUGAUGCAUUUUUCAUUGGAAUCGAGGACGAAGCCAAAGAACGAUUGGAACGGCUGGCUGCCAGCAAACACAUCACUCCAGUCGACAUUACCAAAUUGGCUCAUCAGUUAAUGCGGCAAUUACAUCCAACGACUGAACUCAACGGUUAUUUGGACAAUAAUAAAGUUUCUAGUGAUAUUUGUGUGGAUCCAUCGGAUAAGGGUAUAAGUAAUUCGAAUGAACAAUCGGAUACCAGACCGUCAUCUAGAAGACCCAGUUCGCCGUUCAGCAAUGGUUUGACGGAAGUACUGAUCGGUAAAGAUGAAAGCAGCAAUUAUAGACUGAAGUCCUUGGACGAGACCACCUAUUCUAAAAACAGGUCUCGUCGCCGCAGCGGAGGACUUGUCCGCGUGGGCAACGAGGUCGGUACGCUGGAAAAGAAGCGAGCCGUAGAAGACAACGACGGCGAAACGCUGGACAUGAUGGUCAUGAUGAGCACCCUGGACAACGGGCCGCAUCGCGAGAUGGCCGUCGACGUACCAGAUUCGUUCAUUGCUCGCAACAAGACACCUCCGCGGUACCCACCGCCCUCGAGGACCACCAACCGUACUGCCAACAGCACGCAGAAUAAUGGCUCUGCUGUAAUAGACAAACAACAUUCGUCGGUACCGCCGCCGCCUCCACCGCGAUCAGAUGUGAUCAAACAACAGCUCCAUCAAGCUGCCAGCAUCAACAAUAACACGAUCGUUACCAUAUCGUCGACGGAACCCACCAAAGAGCAGUUGGAGAGCAUCAGAAAGUACCAGGACGCUUUGCGUAAAAGAAAAGAAGAUGAAGACAGGGUCGCUCAACAAAACGAAUUUCUCAACCGAUCUCUGAGAGGAUCGAAAAAGCUUCGCGAUCUCGAACACGAGCCACCAGAGAGUGGGAUCGUCAACGAUGGUUUCUCGUCUGAUCACGACCAUGAGGCUGAGACCAUCACCACCACUACUGAAGAAUAUCAGGAACCUUACGAACCCAUCUACAAAGUUGUCGGAUACGGCGAAUUAAUUGCCGCGCUUCAAAGGAUUCACCUGCAGUUGAAAAAGAACGGCAUUUACCUGGGUAACAAAUCCGAUCCGGACGUGGCCGUUAUCCAAUGCUUGCUUUUGAAUCCGGAAUUCGUCCGCGUGCUGUCCGUACACAACAAAGUGCAACAGCUGUGGCCGCCCAACACCACCAAGAGACCGGUGACAUUAGAAGCUCAAAACUUGGUUCGGGAUUGUUUGGAAAGUAUCCAAAACAGUACUUUAUCCGAGGCAUCGGAACUUGCCAAACUUCUAUCCCAAUACGAGAUCGAAGGUGUUCUCUGGGCUCACGACACCAUAGCACAAGACGUGUUGCCACAGGACGAGAAUACCACCGAAAUGACUGUCACUUUGCCAAUAGGCGAUCCCUCAACUUACGGCACGUCUGAUCAACAUCCUCCAAACAUCACUAUUAUCAACAUUGAGAAAACCAACGAACCAUUAGGAGCAACCGUGCGAAACGACGGUGAUGCUGUUAUAAUUGGUCGAAUUGUGAGAGGAGGCGCUGCCGAAAAAAGCGGACUUCUACACGAAGGUGACGAAGUGUUGGAAGUAAACGGCGUAGAAAUGCGUGGUAAAUCCAUCAACGAUGUCUGUGAUAUCCUGUCGGUAAUGACUGGACCUUUAACUUUCAUGAUUGUACCAAGUGCAAAUCGAAUUUCAUACCAGAACUCCAACGGAAACAGGGAAAAUUUCAUUAUGCAUAUGAAAGCACAUUUCGACUACGAUCCCGAAGACGACGGAUAUAUUCCAUGUAGAGAAUUAGGUAUUAGCUUUCAAAAAGGAGAUAUUCUGCAUGUGAUAUCUCAAGAGGACGCCAAUUGGUGGCAGGCGUUUAGAGAGGGCGAAGAAGAUCAAACGUUAGCUGGACUUAUACCGAGCAAAUCUUUCCAACACCAACGCGAAGCUCUCAAACAAACCAUUACUGGUGGCGACAAGUCAGGAAAGGAUAGACCAAAAAAGCAAAACACGUUCCUUUGUGGUAAAAAGAAUUUAAAAAAGAGGAAGAAGAAAGCAUUGUACCAAGAUGGUGGUUUUCCCAUUUAUUCGUCUAACUCUGAUGAAUACGAAGCAGAAGAUAUUUUAACAUACGAAGAAGUCGCUUUAUAUUAUCCUCGGGCUAACCACAAAAGGCCUAUUGUAUUAAUCGGACCACCUAAUAUCGGUAGACAUGAGCUUCGGCAGAGGCUAAUGGAAGACCGAGAUAGAUUCGCUGCUGCAAUUCCUCAUACUAGUCGAGCAAAAAAAGACGGCGAAAUUGAUGGACAAGACUAUCAUUUUAUCACCAGAGCCCAAUUUGAAUCUGAUAUUCUUUCUAGGAAAUUCGUCGAACACGGUGAAUAUGAGAAAGCGUAUUAUGGUACCUCAUUAGAUGCCAUACGGUCAGUAGUUAAUUACAGUAAGAUUUGCGUGUUAAAUCUUCAUCCACAAUCUCUUAAAAUCCUUCGAAGUUCUGAUCUUAAGCCAUUUGUCAUAUUUGUUGCACCACCUUCACUAGAAAAACUGCGUCAAAAAAAACUUAAAAAUGGUGAACCAUACAAAGAAGAAGAACUGAAAGAGAUAAUUGAGAAGGCUAGAGAAAUGGAAGAUAAAUUCGGUCACUAUUUCGAUAUGAUAAUCAUUAAUAAUGAUACCGAAAGAGCAUAUCACCAGUUGUUGAAUGAGAUCAAUAGUCUCGAACGGGAACCGCAAUGGGUACCAGCCACAUGGGUAAAGACAGUUUCAUAGCGUUCGAAAAGCUUUAACAAUGUUAAAUAAAUUACAUUGACUGUUAUUGUGUGUGUUAUACAUAAAUAGUCUGAAUGUUUACUGUGUUAACUAAAAUAAAAAUUACCAAUAAUGACGAUUGUACCAUGUGAUGAUGGUUGCUUACUUAUGAACAAUAUUAUUUAGUUAUAUGAAAGUACAAAAAAGUACACACGCUAUUUGUUUUUUAUAAACUUAACAACUAUGCUGAAGUAAAUUAAAUGAAGUAAUGUGAUAUAAUAUUAUGGUAAUUAAUGAAUUGUAAUUUAAGUAUAAUGAUGAUGACUAGUAAUGUAAAGCCAUCGACUUUGCCAUUUUUAGUUUUAUAACUUUAAACUAUUGUGUAUUUUCCAAUUGUAGCAUUUACUAACCGAAAUAUUGUUUUUCGGGAAUUCGUACUCGUAAUGAACUUUUUUAUGAAUAAAAAUAAAAUUAACGGACUGAUCCCACUUUGUAAUUCUUACUAAGUUGUUGAACCCCAUUGUUUUAAUUGUUUUAGUGAUUUUUUCUUUUAGUAUUUUAUUUGGUUAACUAUUAUACACAAUGUGAAGAUUAGUAAUUUUUGAGUUUUUAAAAAAAUGUGUAUAUAUAAGACAGAAAAAAUUUUACAAAAAAUAAUUGUGCAAUACCAUAAUCUGAUGUGUUAGUAGACAAUUUGGGUACUGUUUUAGGGGUAAUCACCUACAUAGAUCCUAAUUGUUGUACUGUGUAGGUAGACUGUUUAGGUAUGAUUAUGUUAAUAUUCUUACUGAAAUAAAUUUUUUGGUUUGUUUAUGUAUUGAUGAGUUAUGAUUUUUUUUUGUAUAAUUUUUUAAAUACUUCUAAUACACAGGAUUUUUGUCUUAAAUUUUGUAAAUUUAAAUGUUUAUUAUUAUUAUUCUUUGUACAAAAUGCACAUGUUUUUCUUUCAUUUUUAUUGCUAUAAUUAGUUAUAUAUUUUUGUUUAUUAUUUUGUUAUUUUUUAAAUAUUGAUCUAUUGUAUGUAUGUAGUGACAUAUAUACCUAAACAUUAUACAUUACAAUUAAUUAAUAUUAUUUAUAUACACAAUUAUUAUUUUUAUUUUAGAAUCUACAAAUAAAAAAAAAUCAGCUCAAA